AUGACGGUUUCAACUCCUCUUGUUACUGUCUUCGGCGCUACCGGGAACCAAGGUGGUGCCGUCGCCAAAUCUCUUCUUCAGAACCCCUCGUUCAAGGUGCGAGCCCUGACUCGCAACCCUUCCUCGGCAGCGAGCCAGGAGCUGGCUUCCCUAGGGGCUGAGGUUCAGCAAGCCGAUGGCUUCAGCAGCGAAUCGAUGCUACAAGCCUUCUCGGGCACGUGGGGUGUGUUUGUGAAUAUUAAUUCCGAUGACAAGUCAUUCAAGCCGGAUGGCCCCACAGAAUUUGAUAUGGGCAAGACCAUCGUCGACGCAGCAGCCAAGGCCGGAGUUCGACAUUUCAUCUUUAGCUCCGGUCCUGAUUGCCUUACCCUUACCAAGGGCAAGGUUAAGAUGAAUGCCGCAGACAUGAAGUACAAAAUCGAACAGUACGCCCGCUCAAAUGGAGAAUUUGAAACGGUGAGCUUCAUUUGUGCAGCUUGGUUCUUCGAAAACUUUUUGUCCAAGGAGAUAGCACCAAUCUUUGGUGGAUUUCCUCACAUACCAGAUGCUGAAGGUUAUCUCACUUUCAUUGCUCCCCAGUGGGGCGGGAAGGAAGAGGUACCCUUCAUUAGCAUGACUGAUGACUUUGGGGACAUUGUCCACGGCAUUUUCCUCGACCCUGGCCGGUGGAGUCACAAAGUUAUCCAUGGCUGCAGUGAUAUCUGCAGCUUUGAGGAUCUCGUAUCCACCUUCGAGAAGCUCAGCGGCCGGAAAUCCCGCUUCCAACCCUUGCCGUCCUGGGAGGAUUUCAAUACUCAUGGGAUCCGGGAGUUAGAUGAUACCAAAGCCAUGUUCGGAUUCACGCAGAGCAACGAGGGACGCUACUUUGGGCCUGACCCCUCCGAGAAUGAGACGGCUGGUCAGCUGAAACAGCUCACAGCGACCGCCUUGGGGCGGGGGAAGCAGGAGCAGAAGUUGAUGUCGGUCGAGGAUUGGUUCCGGAAGCACUUUCACUUGCAGUAG